GCCGAAGCCCUCACUGCUUGGACGUCGUACGAAGCAGCACGGUUUCAUCUCGCGGGGCUGAGUGCCGAGGAGGAGAGCGAACGACCGAGCGAUCCCACCCGCCUGACGGGGAAAGAAAGAUGUCGGGAGAUCUCGUGGGAAGCAGGAUAAGCCUCAUCUCCAGAAAGGACAUCCGGUGGGAGGGCAUCUUGGUCCAGGUUGACCGCGAGAAUGCCUCGGUCACCCUACAGAAUGUCAAGAGCUGGGGCACGGAGGGUCGCUUGGAGGGCGAUCAGCAGAUACCCCCCUCCGACCACCUUCACGCGUGCGUCAACUUCAGGGGGGAAGACAUCAAGGACCUACACGUGCACGAGACAGCGGAGGCACCUACGCCACCGCCAGCGGCACCGGUGCAGCCCCCUCCUCCUCUGGCACCCCCCGUGGCGCCGGUGGCAACUCGCGUAGCCCCCGACGUGGCGGCCGGCGGCGGCGGAGCGGGAGGAGUGAGGGCAGCAGCGGAGAACGGAGACGUUGAGGCGGAAGACUCUCCUGGCUCUCCGACCAUGAGGGACCAGGGGCUCAAGCCCGGAAGGUACCAGCCGCCUCACAAGAAUCCCAACUGGAAGCCCCCCCCUACGGUCCAGAGGGGUCCUCCGGGCCCAGGGAGCGGAGCAGGGUCGGGCACCGGCGCUCUGCCCGGGCAGGGGAACCACCUCCUCAACAGGCGCACGCGGGGCGGAGGCGGCGGCCCUUCGGAGGCGGAGGGGGAGUUCGACUUCGAGGCUGGCCUCGCCAAGUUCGACAAGGAGAAGGAAAUGGCACUGCUGGCGGGAAGCCUCUCAACGGCAUCCAUCCACGACAGCAUCAUCAACAACUACAACCCCGCCGCCGCCGCAAACGGCAGAGACGCAAACGGGGGGGACGCGCACGGAUCAUCCCUGGGGGAGGGAGGAACCAUGGGCGUUGGUGACGGCGAGGAUGCCGACGGUGGCGGGGGGGCCCGCGGGGGCGCAGCAGGGGUUGACGCUACUAGCGCGGGGGCGGCGGCGGGGGCGGCGGCUUCCGCGUCCCGGGCGGGCGGGGGGGCGGGGGAUACGCGGAGCGCGGCUGACGGGGGAGGCGAGGUGUGGGUGGAGCCCCCCGUGGUGGUGAAGAAGUACAACAAGUCUUCCUUCUUCGACGAAAUCUCGUGCGACGCGCUUGAUGGGAGGGGUCACAUGCCCGGGGGCCGCGGCGGGGAGAGGAUGCGCAACACGGAGACCUUCGGCGCGACCAGCGUAGCCCUCUCCGCGGGCAGCCGGCGCUACGGGGGCAGGGGCGGCGGCGGCGGCGGCGGCGGUUACAGCAGUUACAUGGGUGGGCGCAGGGGAGGAUACAACGACCGCAAUGGAGGCGGCGGGGACAACAGCUACCGGGGCCAGUACCCGCAGGGCGGGGGGCGGGGCGGCAACCGGCAGGAAUCCGGCGGCAGCUGGCGUCGCAAUUAGUUGUUUUAGGUCUUGCUUUUUUCUGCGCUACACGGCGUAGUAGAGCAAGAAAACUCGUGUAUGUCGAGGCGCGCUCGGUGCGGCCGCCGCAGCAGCUGUGGCUGUGGACCGGUUUCCGUACACAGCUGUUGUUGCAGGAUGGUUGUCGGUGGUGGCAUCGUGGCAUCGUGGGGUGUUUUGCCGCACAAUCGGUCGUACGCCAUCGCUGUGGUACAUACAAAGAAUUGCCCCCAAGUCAAUAAACUGCGGCCAUCUUUCAUCUCUCUAUCUAGAAGGUUUCCGUUGUGGUAGCGUCGGCGUGAUCGCCUGCUGAAACUGCUACUUACCGCUGCUGUCGGUGUAGUGUUGACUGCGCCCUGGUGGGGGCGCUGCUGGUGACGUCGGUCGUGGGUGCGGUUGUGGUUGUACCUGGGGGUUCGUGCGAUUGCCACGGAGUUGGGGCGGGGUCACUAGGAGAAAAUCGUGUCAGCCUGUUGAGGCACUCGAGGUAAAUAUUCUUCCAGUCAAGCUAAGGCACGCCUCGCUGCUGUUGGCCAUCGGUCAAAUGAGCGAUCGUUGGCUUUGCUUCACCGGAACGUUGCUGUCGGCGGGUAUGGGUUCGCCUAUCGAGGAGCGUUAUCUUGAUAUUGCUACACCGUUGUGUCACCGCUGUGGCGUGGUUUUGAUUGUGCCACCCUCGAGGGCGCCAGGAGCUUGCUAGGGCGGGGAGGAUCGUGUGUAUGCACAGGGACGGGGAUUGGUGGGGUGGGAGGAGUGAUCGACCUCCAAGUUGUGGAGCACUUGCUUACGCCAGGGGCGCGCGGCUUGCGCCCGUCAUGGCCCGUCAUGGCGUUCGCCGAUCGACGUUGACCAAGCGUCUAAUAGCGACAUGUCAACGCCGAAGGGUGUGCUCUUUUUCCUUUUGCCGUCUCGAAAAAGAGACACCGGUUUUGAUUGCCCCAACAAAAUUCGGUGCGGUAUCUACAUAUUUUCCUGCCGUUCCAGCGUGUACCGCGACGUUCCGGCAAAAAGCGCGGGACAAGCAUGGGGCACCCGUAUUGUAUAUUUUUUGGCCCGAGAUCAACGAGUUCUUAGGAAGGUAGUACGUGACUAGGCGGAAGGAUGGCACCAAUGGCAGCGCUCCAUGCAACGAGCGCAAGGGUGUCGAGAGAUUGGUGCUGUGUUUUGUAUCUGCGGGGGGUGUUUGCUCACCACAUAGGGGUUCCUGCACGCAGUGCUAUUUUUUUGCUUUCCCGUCGCGCUGGUUUUGUCAAUGCGAAGGACAGGCGCUUGAUGGUUGUAAGGGGCUCGAGCAUUCGUAUCGUUUCCGUUGCUGUGUUCUUGGGUGGGCUCCGAGGCACACCAACCAACAAGUUGACAUCUACCAUAUGUAGCUCUCCUCUCUCUUUGCUUCGCCAUCUUCGUUAUCAAGUUUCGAGAAGGCCCUUACCGGUUUUGUCCCGCACACGAUGUGUAUCGAUGAUGAUCAUCACGAUGACGGGGCAUGAAGAAUUAGUCUAGAUUGCUUCUUCACACGAAGCAUUGAAUUGCUUCUUCACACGAAGAAUGAAAUAUGAAAUUGCUUCUUCACAUCAAUAAAGAAUGAGAAUCCAUG